AUGAGCCAAGGCAGCGGAAGCGGAGGAGGAGGCGGCGGCGGCGGGGAACCCGAGGCCAAAGCUCUCCACACCAAGAGGCUCUACCGGUGAGGGAGAAAGGCAGGGAGACCCCACCCCCGGUUUAUCUGCCUCGGAUCCGGGCCUCUUCCCCUCUCCCUCCCGCUGGGUAUAGAUACCUGGUCAAAUGAUAAUGUAUCUAUCCAACUAUAUCUGUGUGUCUACCGAGGUCACGGUGGCGGGCAUGGUCCCCCCCCCCCAGUCCGCUCAUAUUUCUAACUCGCCCCACAACCAGCCCCGGGGCGGGGGGGAGGGUUAGGCGAGGGUGGUAGUGAUUUCCCCCGUCCCAGGGCGGGUUACAAGAAUUAAAACGCAAUACUGGGACCCAAGGCUCUUUCUCUCUCUCGCUCUCUCUCUCUCUCACACACACACGGUUGCCCCCCCCCUUUAUCCUCUCGUGAGGUUGAAAGGGCACAACUGAGUGGCCUAAGGUGCCCCCUUUCCCUCCCCCGUUUUCUGUUCUCACCGACCCUGAGGAGGGAGGAUAGGAUGGUCACCAUUAUUUAUUAGCCACCUAGGACCCAGGGUGGGUUACAACAAUUAACGCCCAAUAUUAUGACCUGGGGAUCUGUCUCACAUCCGUCUCUUCAUCCUCUAGCCCCCCCCCUUUGGGGUUUCUGAGAGAAUAAGGGGGGUUAGGAUCAAUUCCCCACCUAAGGGCCCAUGGCAGGUUACACCUGUUUAAACCCAAGUAUCUUUCUCAUCCACCCACCCCUUGUCUUUUAUCUUCCUUUGCAUUUUCCUUUUCAACCCUAUGAAAGAGCAGAAUUGACUGGCCUGAGGUGGCCACCCCAUUUUGUAUUUUUAGUGACCCUGAGAGGGAUUGUAUAGGUGGGGGGAGCUGUAGAGGCCAAGGUGCCUUCUCACCCCACCUUUAAUCCUCUUGUCUUCACCCUCUUCGCCUCUUUUGAAUAGGUACCUGGUCAGUUUAAUCUUAAUGUAUAUAAGGCAGAAUAUUGCUAUAAUAUAUCUGUUGGAAGUCCAAGAGGUGAAUGUGCAUUGCAGCAGCCCUGAACAGGAGGCUAGGUAAAAGUUGUUGUCAUUGUUAUUCUUCUUACUACUAAAGUUAUUGUGCACCUUUCACCAGGAGGUCCCGGGGCAGAUUACAGCAAUUUCAAAUUCAGAAAUUUAAAAUAGUUAAAACUCAUUUUGGUAUAGUUCAAGGUUCUUUCUAACCUCUCACACACCCUUUAUUCUCUUUGUUCCCCAUGAGGUCAAAAGAGGACAACUGAAUGACAUAAGGUGCUCCCCCUCCUUCUCAGUUUUUUCCCUGAACAAUCCUUAAGUGAGGAUAAAAGAGGGUGACUGAAUGGUACUGAGGUGGAACAGGGUGACUGAAUGACUCAAGGUCCCCUCCCCGUCUUCUGAGCAACCCUGUGAGGAAGCCUGAGCUGAAAAUGGCCCCAGAUCCCUUCAUCCCCAUCUUAUCCUCACUUGUGAAGGGGGGUAUGCUGUGAGAGAGAGGCUGGACCAAGGUCACCCAAUGGCAGCAGGGAUUUGUACCUGGUUCUCUCCAGCCACCAAUUUCUGCCCUGAUCCCACAGAUAGCUUUAUCUCUUAGAUGGAGCUUGGCAAGGAGGAAGCUUUCCUUAAAUUUGGCAAACUCUUGCAAACGUAUGGAUCCAUCGUUUCCCCCCCUCUCCACUGGGUGACAGGAGGCAUUUGCAAUUAUUUUAUUUCACCUUGCUCUGGUUUUUUUAAAAGGUCCAGCCCUGCCCUUUUUUUAAAUCCACCCUGACCCUCUCAGCCAGUUUCUUCUUCCAUUCCCACUUAAGCAGAGUACGAUGGGGCAGGAAACCCAGAGUCAAGAGUGUAAAGAAGUUGACAAUUUCUUCAUCCCGACCCUUUUUUUGACAGGGCAGUAAAGGCAGGCACUCUUAAGACACUCUUAAGUGAUUCUCUUCUGUGGCAUUUAACAAAGCCCUGUCCGCUGCAUCUACCUAUUUCCUUCCAUCAUAAUUUUCAGAACGUUAUAUGGAGGCUGGUUACUUCACAGAUGGAUUAUGGCGACUCUCAGUGGCUAUUCCCAGGCCACUGCAUGCAAGUUGAAUGCUGGAUGCACUUUGUUGCCAUGUUCCUCUGCUUUAUAGCAUAUCACUUCAGAGUAAAUAAUUCUGUUCCUUUCUGUCCCCACCUCAUCUGCUUUCCCUGUGGCUCCACAUAGAUUCUUCUGUCUCCUUCCUGACAUUUUCUUAGACAGCAACCUGGAUUUAGACCCUCCAGAUGUUGCUGAACUACAACUUCCAUCAGCCCUAGGCCAAAGACUGGGAAUGCUGAGAGUUUUGAGUUCAGCAAUGUCUGGAGGGCCAAGGGUUUUCCACAUCUGGUUUAAGACAGAGUGGCAAACCCAUGAAGCAGAUUAGGCCCACCAGUACUCAUUUUCCUCCCCAUAAUAGUGCUGGAUUGGGAGGAAAUAUUUAAAGCUCUUCAUACAGCCAGGAUGGUGAUGGGGUGAUCUGAAGCUCCGUUGCAGUGCUGGGAUGAAAUUAGAGGUUUAAACCUUGUCACCAGGUACUAUGACAAGGAUAUGUGUGCUGUGUGCCUGCAGGUGUGAAUGGUUUCUGAAAAUACUCAUGAGAGAGUGGCACAUGACCCUUGGAGGGUAAGACAGCCUUUUUCAAGGUUAGCUUUCUAUGGUUUAGGCAUUUCCCUGCCACAUCAUAGGUCACAUAGCUGUCUUUUUGUGGAGGGCAGUGUGGAAUGAAGGAAGAAAACUGAUGUAAGUGGUUUCUCUAAGGUCACUUGGUGAGCCUGUGGUUGAGUUUGAAUCCUUGGCCAAGUACAGCUGAGGCUUGAGAUGCAAACAGCUUUCCCUGCCUUCUUCCCUACAGUCAGAAUGCUUGUCAUUGGCUUGUGUUCAUGGAGCAUGGUAUGCAUUGCCAUUUUCGGGUCUUUUAAUAGACCGAGGCAUUAGACUUGCUUUCUACCAAUGAGCAAACCCAGCAGUAGGUAUCAAAAUGCGUCAGCAAGGUCCAGUGCCAACCUCUUAAUAACCCAAAGUGGCACUGCUUUCAGUUAUAUUGAAAAUAUCAAGUAGUUGGAAGGUCAGUACUUCUUAACUGUGAAGCCUUUAGGUUUGCUUAGAGAGUAAGGGGAAAGGGUGUGUUUGAAGCCUGGUGCUGAGCACCAGAUGGCUAACUACUGCCCCAAAUAGUCUUCUCGUAUUCCUUGCAGGUUUCUCUAGCUAACUUUCCUGCUUCUAGGUGCUGUACAGUACGUGUCUUUCUCACUGUCAAGUGAGCCCAAGUCACAGCUAGCUUCCAUGUCCCCCAGCCAACCUUGCCUGUGUUUCGUUUCUAUUGUGCAGUCCCCAAGCUCAAAUUUUCCCUGUGCGGAAUCUUGCUUGCAGAAUGUCCUUCAUUUUUUAAGGAUGUGUACUGUGGAUCUAUUAAUGUGGACACGUUACCUGUGUCCAUGCCCAUUUUUGGCCCUGGCUGCACCACCCAGUACUGGCAUGUGGCCCCUGGAAGGCUUCUCACCAGAGAAUAGAGCCUACCCUUACAUCACAACCUUAGAACCACAUGGUAUUUGGCACCUGUGCAAGCUUUUAAAUCUUGGAGUGGGACUUUCCUUCCAGAGCAGUGGCAGCAAGUUCAGAACUUGAGGGUAGUAUCUGCUUGGGGGUUGCUGCUUUAUGGGAAUAGGUUGUGUAUAGGCUACUCUUUGCACACACAAACAUACCCAGUGUGUGUGUGUGUGUGCUUAUUGCCUGCCCUUCAACCUAAGGGUGGGUUUUAACAUUAAAGCCCAAACAACUUGCAACUAUAAAAAUUGGACCUAAAAACAUACACCUCAAGAGGUUUGCUUCCAAUAUCUUCAUCUGGAAGUAUGGAGAGGUAGCUAACAUUCUGUGGGAGCAAAGGAGGGAACAACUAGAGUGUACUUUCUAGUCAGGAUUCAGCCACCGGCGGAGCUAUGGACUUUCUCCAUCAGUGGAGACUAGCCUGUCAAAUGCGGCUAUUCUUUCUUCCUAACAGGUAUAGGCUCUGAAAUCGUGGCUCUGUUAGAUUCUUGUCUGAAAACAGUCUGGUUACACCGUGACAGACUUAUUAUGCUACAAGCAUUUGUGGACUAGAGCCCCUUGUCAGGUACAUUUUCAGCUGCUGCUGAUGUGGAUUGACGGCCAGGGAGUAGCAAGUGACGGGCUAGGUCAGGCCUGACUUCCUCCAUGCAGCUGAAUUCUGAGGGAUGCUUGGAGAAAGGAGCAAGCACCUGAACUGGCUGUGCAUUGCUUAAAACUGGAGGCUUGCCUCUUAGCUUAACCUUGCAGUAAAGGUAAACACAGUGACCAAAGGUAACUAGCCAGGUGGUGUGGCUAUUGCACCCCAGAAUUUUAUCUGCAGAACUUGCACUUUUGCAAGGGCCACAUGCUGUUCAUUCUGCAUUUGUGAGGAGUCGUUCCUUUUGUGUGGCUGCACUGGUGCUCUGGAACUCCCUGCCAAUUGACAUUAAGCGGGCACCCUCACAAUACUAUUUUAGACACCUGUUGAAAAUGUUUCUGUUUCAACAGGCUUGUCCAGACACAUGAUUUGGUUACAUCUGUUUUUAAACUUGUUUUAGUGUGUUUAAAUGUUUUCAGAUGCUUUAAAAUGUUUUAAAUAUGCUUUUAUUUCAUCACAGUACAGUAUUAUUUUGUCACCCAUGUAUCUUGAUUGCGUGAACAAGCUUUAAGAAACCAAGGAAAGGAGGAAGAUCAUGGCAAUACAGAAUUCCCAUGCAGCUCUCAAAGCUGUGUCUUCCUUAUGUUAAUACUUGCUGUUCUUUUGUGUCUCUUGUAGAGCUGUGGUAGAAGCCGUGCAUAGACUGGAUCUCAUUCUUGGAAACAAGGCAGCUUAUCAAGAAGUUUUUAAACCAGAGAACAUCAGCCUGAGAAACAAGUAAGCAAGCUGAGUCUUUUUUUAAAAGUUUUGUAGUUCACUUAGGGGCAUGGUCUUGAAGGCACAAGAUCUACCCUUACUGGAACUAAGCAGGUAUGGGAGGGACGCUUUGCAUGGACUUGUGCACACUGCCUUCCGGAUAUAAACGGAAUAAAAAAAAUACCUGCGAAAGCUUAAUAUUAAUGAUAUGAUAUAUACGCCUGCCUUUUAUCAGGCCAGUGGAUUAUUCAGUGCAGGAUAUUGCUUUGUUCUGCAGCAGAUUUCAGACUUGUGGUCAGAGCUGUUGCUUUACACAUAAUGUUGUUUGGGAACAACUUGCAGAAAAUUUACCCCAUAAUAAAGUUUACCUAGCCUAUUCACCUGCACAUCCCUUUGUUAAUUAUGUGACACAGCAGUAGCCUGAAAAAACGAUGGGGUGUGUGUGUGUGUACAAGGGGCUUGUGCAUUUGGGAGUUCAGCGGAACUCGCACAGAAGAAGCUUCCAAACAGACUGUGCUCCAGCUCUCCCAGUUUUAAAAAGCUAUCUUGCCUGGAGACAGUGACCAGGCAGUCUGGAAGCUAGACUGACUGCCACCAUGUCCUGCUUUUUCCUUGGCUAUUUAGUUGCCUCAACUAUGUGGAGCUUCUUUUUUUAGUAUAAAAAGUAUUUUAUUGCUUUUUCACUUAUAAAAAAAACAUAAUUUAAAAUAAAAUAAACUACAGCAAUACUAGUGAGUUUGUCAUUUCUCGAGGGAAAUGCCUUAAGUUGGAACUGCUGCUUAAAACAUGUUUAUACUGCAUAUUAAAGUUUCUAGUUCAGUAAGUCCCUCCAGAUGUUUCUAUGGGUUGGGGAGGUUGUCUCGAAUGAUUGCCAUGUCUCAUAUGGGAUGCCAGGUAUUGUAAAAAGUAAAGGGUUCAUCUGGCCUCUGGCUGCCCUGACCUGACAUUUUGUGUUAAGUUGUAUUUUGUUAAGCUGUAUUGUGCCAUUGACCCAGAUUGCAGGAUGCAGUGGAAGAUGAGUGGCUUCAGACUGCACAUCUUUUGGGUCUGCUGGGAAGGGAUCAUAGCUUAAGUGGCUGUUUUUGCUAAGUUGAAGGCUAACCCCCCUCUCUUUUGCCCACUCUCCAAUUUCCUGCCGUAGGUUACGUGAACUAUGUGUGAAGCUGAUGUUCUUGCACCCAGUGGAUUAUGGGAGGAAAGCAGAAGAGCUGCUGUGGAGGAAAGUUUACUAUGAAGUCAUUCAGCUCAUUAAAACAAACAAAAAGGCAAGCUGUCUCUGAACCUUUUUGAAAAAAGCAUUUUAAAAUUGAAAAUAAAAAAUAAUAAUGUACCCCUGCUUUCCCCAGCCUGGAAGCAUAGUGCAGAUGUAAACAGUAAUAGCAAAGUUCCUACAAGACCUGAAGUGGAGAGAUACUGAAAGUUGCUAAUAUCAGUAUGAAGGAAAAUGUUAACACAACUGUAUGGCCACCAGUCCAUCAUAAAAGUUGGUGGGAUUGUUGUUUGCUUUCUGGCCACAUGAUGUUUUUGUGUCAGUUUUUCAGAAAGCGUUAUGUCCCAAAUUUUGUUUCCCCCUUUAUUUUUGCAUUUAAACCACUGGUUCUGAAACUUUUGGCCCCCCUCCCUCUUGAUUCCAUAAACUCACCCCCAAUGCCCCCUAUCAUAUAAAAAGCAUUCAGAGUAGCAGUUUGCACAACCCAUUCAGGAAGAUAAUAACACAAUAAUAUUCAAAACCGCAAUGAUUAAAUGCACAUUUAUUCAAAAUCCAAUUAAAACUAUGUAGCUUAAUUAAUUCACCAAAAUGGAUGAACUUCAUUCAGUGAUACCAGCUUUUCAAAGACUGAUAGUCAUUUACACUUCCAGUGUCCCCAUGCUGCCCCCUUGCAUUUAGUGCUCCCCCUAGGUAAUCAGCCCUGGGGGCAGUGUCGCCCAUUUUGGGAACCACGGAUUUGAACCCUUUGCUUCUUUCCAGUUUCUAGCUACCAAUAUUCCUGCUGCCAUUAAUAAGUAAACAAUUAAAUGUUUGUACUCAACCCUUGGUUUUCUCCACUGAAUAUGCUCAACAUUGCUAUUUCAAUGGGUUUCUUUUAAAAAGGUUUCCCCAGUAUUUUAUUUCUACAAAUACCUCAUCCCAUGACUCAGAUCUCAUCCUUGAUCUUGUUGUUCUAACAUGUAAAGGCAGCAACAUAAAGCGGAUGAGCUACUUCUCUUGUGGGGCCACAGUGGUGGUUCUUAAGCUGCCUGCAGCCUUGGCUGCAGAUUACACAGAGCAGCACCCCACAUGACCCCUGGUUCUCCUGACUUUUUCCUUCCUUGCUUCAGGUUUGUGGAGUGAAUAGUGCAUAGAUAUGGCUACGGCCAUGGAAGCCUAAUUAAGGAGGCAACGGACGGUGUACAUGCAUGCAAAACUUUUGUCUGCAGCAUGCAGAGGAAGGCUAACUUUUGAGUUGGCGAUUGCUCCUUAUUAUCAGCUGAGGGGAGAGAACAGCAGCAACGACUGCCCCAAAUCCCCUUCCAUUGACUUAAGGGAGGGUGCAGCUGUUCACAAGCCCACCAUUGGAGAAUAGCGGAGUUGUCCUUUCUUUCCAAAGCGUAAAAGCCGUAAACUGACUUUUCACCAGCAAAGUGGCCCUCAGGCUGGCACAGCUCAUCCGUGGUAGGGAGACAACAAGUAGCAAAAUGCCAGUGGCAGCCUACACAUUGCAAGUUCUACAGAAGAGGGGUGGCAUAGAGUGGCCAGAAAAAUAAGAGUUUUCUGCCGAACUUAGCUAUGGCUUUGUCUACCUUUUGAGAACAGGGAGGGGGAUGAAGGUGAUGAUGAAGCAACUGGGGAUGUGUUCUAACUUUCUUUUCCCCUCCCCUCUUCUUUUUGCUCCCCACCCCACAGCACAUUCACAGUCGCAGCACCCUAGAGUGUGCCUACCGGACUCACCUUAUUGCUGGCAUCGGCUUUUACCAACACCUUCUUCUCUAUAUCCAGUCUCAUUAUCAGUUAGAGCUGCAGGGCUGUAUUGACUGGACACAUGUUACGGAUCCUCUGAUAGGUCAGUACCCAGAUGCUGACAUAUGUUUUAUUUACCAUUCAUUUAUUGCAUUUGUACCCCUACCUUUCACCCCAAGGUAACAUCCAUGGUUUUUUUUCCAUCUCAUUGAAUACCCACAACAACCCUGUGAGGUGGGUUAGGCCAAGAGGCAGUGAGUGGCCCAGGGUCACCCCGUGAGCAAUGCCUAGUGGGGAAUUGAACCCUGGUAAUGGAGGCAAAUUUAAAAGCCAAAGCUAUAGUUUAAAUGGGCAUACACUACAUCUCGCCAGAGUGGGGAUGGUUGCAACCGCUUGAACCAUAUGGCUCCUAGGAUGGCCAAGUGUCCUACUUUACAGGGAGCAUGCAGUCCAAGUCCAGUCUGAAAAUAAAGAGCUCUGAGAAGAGCAAGUGGGGAUGGUUGUGGGGAACCGUGAAAUACCUCGGCUGCAGUUUGAGCAGGCACACGUUAUGUUUAAAUGAUGGCAAUGAGCUUGAUGGCCAACUAGGGAUUCAAGCCCUUCCCUUCCAGGUCUUAGUCCAGCACUCUAACCACUACUCCACACAGGCUCUCUAUUUUAAGAACAUUUUAUUCAAUGCAAUGGUUACUCUAAUCAUCUGCACUUACCCAUUUACUUGCGUAACGGAAAAGCUCAGUAUCUGAGAUGUCCCUCCCACUGCAAACUUUGCACAAACCUUAUGAAAAUGAUGAGAGCACCCAGCUUUUAAGAACAAGGGCGGAGGCCUUUUAGUGUGGCAGGAACCACCUCUGGGAUGCCCUCCACUCCGUAACAUACACAUACGACAUAGUCAUAUGGAAGCUGGGAGCCAUUGAACUUAGAACCUUCUGCAUGCCAAGCAUGUGUUCUGCUGCUAAUCUUUGCCCCUCCCCAUAUCCAAGGUGGUUUGAUUAUCCUGGCCAUGUUGGUAUUUUUCAGGAGCACUUACGAUGGUCUUACUUGACUGGGCUGUUGCAGCAUUUUAACACACAUUUGGGCAAGACAAUCAGAAUUCAGAAAUUUGUAGAUGAUUGGCAGUCAGAUGACUGACUCCUUGAAAAAAGGGAGUCCAUACUGAAAAAUGUCCAGAUACAGAUAUUUUAUUUUAAGGUGUUAUCAGUGUUAUGCUUAAAUCUAGGAAUGUGAAAAAUAUGAGAUAAGGUGUUGUUUUGUAUAGAAUUGUGAGUUUUGCAUUUCUAAUAGGGCUCACAUAAUUCACUUCUUUCGUUUAAACACAUGAGUCUUAUCCAUCUGUUAAAUGGGGUUUUACAAAAUGGCAUCUGGGUUGGUUUUUACAGCUUUGCUCUUGGUGUAAUUAAUCUUGAUUGCAUUAUAAGCUGCUGAGUUCUCAGUAAAUGACAUAACAUAGAAUUUUCCAGAUAGUUUGUGAAGGAUCUGGUUUUGCAGAGGCCUUUGGGGGAGGAGUGGGAUCUGAUGGCCAGAUGAGUCCUUUGACCCCUGUGAGAUGGCUAGAAACGGCUUUUUUGUUCACUUGGACAUGCUCAGUUCUUGACUGGUGGGAGUCCAUCGCUUUCUUGAUGGCUGCCUUCCAGAAUGAUGCACUGAGAGACUCGUGUCCUUGGCAACCAUCGCUGUGAGAAUCCCAUUAAUACUGCUGCAGAACUUAAGCCCUCAGAAUGCCUUCUAAUCCACAUUUAAGAUUGUGUAGCUUUUGACACAUUAAUUGCACUUUGAAAUCUUACCUGGGUUGCUAUUGUGGUGGGGGCAGAACUAAAAUCCAUAGUUAUGGGGCUUAAUGUAUGUCCAGAGUAUGUAUGGAUGUCGUUUUUGUUCCAAACAUUUCUUACAGUACUCUAGUACAGAAAUUAAGGGGACCUUUUUGUAUUGCAUGUUGUUCUCCAGCCUUUGCCAACCUGGUGUCGCCCAGAUGUUCUGGAUUACAAACUCAGCUGGCUCCAGCCAGUGGAACUAAGACAUCUGGUGCACAGCAGGUUGCCGAAGGCUGUUUUGCUGUCAUGGCUAUUGGAGCUGGGUGGUGGCCAGCAUAGGACUGAAACCCCACCCCCUUGACCACAUGAGGUCAUCUCUGCCCCCCUGAGGCUGUUCAAGCUUUUUACUUUUCCAAAAAUAAAAGCAGAGGCUUUCAGGAGAUCACAAUCUGCAGUUUGUGUGGUCUAUUUGUGGAACAAGCCUAGCCAUAUGAGCAAAGGCAAGCGUGGUGGUUCUGGUGUGGGCAGACUCUCCAGCAUCGGCUUAGAGCCCCAGCUGCCUUGUACUUGAGCAGUGCUCAUCCCAGGUUACCAUAUUCCUUGUGUCUUCCAUAGGCUGCAAGAAGCCUGUAUCUGCAUCAGAGAAGGAGAUGGAAUGGGCGCAGAUGGCCUGCCACCGGUGUCUGGUUUACCUGGGGGAUUUAGGUGAGUGCUAACAGUGGAAAUUGGGCUGCUGCUCUGGCCCAGUGAAUCCACAGCUUUCUUACAUUGCAGAGGGGAAGCAGACUCCAUUCAUUACUGACUAGCAAAGCCCUAAAUGGCUUUGGACUGUCUCAUCAAAAGACCCUUUAAUAAUUUCCUAUGUGAACUCUGUGUAGAUGACAAGGAUGUGUUAAUGAUAUUCUAUGCUUGUUGGGCUUCCUCCUUUGGGGUUUUUCCUUAACCUGAGCUUAAGACUCUUCCAGGAUUCUCCCCCCCCCCCAUGUUCUGGGGAUUGGGAACUAGAGUUAUCCUAGUACUCUAGAGCUGGAGGCAUUUAUGUUGUGUUUUUAGAUACUGCAUUGGACUUUGGUAAUUUCAAGAGGAUUGUGAAAAGUUAUUUAAACUUUUCAACUGCCCAGAGAUGUGAAUUUGUUUCAUUUAUUGAAUAAAGCCUCACUGUUUCACUUGCCCGUAAGGCCUCCCAGAUGGUUUUGUAGCAUUGUGCUGCAAUUCUCCACCUUUUCUUACUGCAAUCCAUAAGUCUCUUGUGUGUGCUUCUUCCUCAUCAGCUCGGUAUCAGAACGAAUUAGCAGGUGUGGACACAGAAUUGCUGGCUGAGAGAUUUUACUAUCAAGCCCUUUCUGUUGCACCACAAAUUGGUAAGUGUUUGGUCCAUGUCUUAUGAUCCUUCUCCCAGAUUUGUCUAGCAGGCAAUUUUGUUUUCAAGUUACUAGCCUAUUGGAAUGUUUGCCAGCCUGCUCACGAUUAAGCUGGUCAGUAUUUGUAAACUACUGCCCUGCAUUGGGCUGCUCUUGGCUCUUGUUGGAGGCAAUGGAGCAAGGGAUUCUUUGACACAUCAGAGCUAAAUCAGGCCUGUGAUGGUAAUCUCCCAAGCUCAAAGCAAAGUGGGUGUGUCAUGUACAUGCACACUGUCCUUCCUGUGUGUUGUCUGCUGAGAGAAAUCCCCAGUACUCAGCAGCUUCAGGACUUUUCCUACAUGUUUUGUGGAACCAUCUCUGCCAACCAUGGAUGUGGGAGAACGACAGCAUCACCAUGUGCCUUCAUGACUUCUCUUCCUGGAUUCAGAGGGCCAUGGUGGUGCUGGCAGUAACCUUUCCCACUGUUGCAGCUAUUUUCUCUUCCUGGUUACUCUGGACAGGAAGGCGGUGGAGAACCCUGUGCCUCUGUCUCUCAGCCAGCACAACAAGAAGUCACUUAAUUGGCAGAGCCAACAUUGCCAGUCUAUCAGCCAAUUUUUAUGUAUUUAAAAAUGUGUCCCUCACUUUUUGAAGAACUGUUUCCACAAAGCAGCUUCCUGUGCCCAAUAAAAAACAGUUCCACAGUUCAAACAAUGUUCUUGGGUCUGUGGAAGCUCAGCCUGUGUGGAUCUGGCCUGUAAAAUCUUGAUGACAGCUGUAGGACCAGGCUGCACAGAUGUUUGGAAAGCUGUUUUGGCUGCUUCCAGGGCUUUAGACACAGCCUGGCCAUAAUGGGAAGAAGGCUGAGGGAUUCAGGCUUUGCAGGAUGAAUUAUCAAGCUCCCACUCCCUGUCCCUUCUGGGUUCCUCUUAAGUUCUACCUUCUAGCUGCUCAAAUGGUGGAAAUGACUGGAUAUGCCUGUCUGGAAGGAGCCCAUCUCCUCUGGUCCUUUAUGGGUUCUAACACAAACUCUUAUGCAGUCUCUUACCUCUUAGUACUUGCAAAAAGGCCAUGGGUUGUAUGUAUGUAUGUAUGUAUGUAUGUAUGAAAUUUCUAUGCCACCCUUCAUCUGAGGAUCACAGGGCAGUUUACAAUAUAAAAACAGAAAAUUGCACACCAUAGUAACAAACAAAAACAAACACCCCACGAGUGUAUGAGUAAACCCAUUGAAAUCAGUGGGUUAAGGUGAUCAUGCCCACUGAUUUCACUGGGACUGUUCUGAAUAUGACUUGGUCAGGUACAGCCGCAGAUCCUAGGUGGGAUUCUAGACUCCAGGGUUUCUUGUUGUUGUUGGGAGAUUUGGACAAGCACAUGUGGAGCUGACUCACUUCUGCCUUUUUGGGACAGGUAUGCCUUUUAACCAGCUGGGGACACUGGCGGGGAGCAACUACUACAACGUGGAAGCCACCUACUGCUACCUGCGCUGGUGAGUAUGCCUCCCAAGGAGAGGGAGUCCACCUGUUGCUUUGGGGCAGAGAGGACUUUUCACUGUGCAGUGUAUUGCCUGUUGACUUUCUUGCUCUAUGCAUAGCUGGAAUGUGGUUCCCAUAGCUGCCUAACCUGACUGCCUGGAUGCUGGUUGCUCUGUUACAAGUGCGCGUGCAGCCUGUGCCCUUGGGCUGUCAGUCCUUGAAAAGCAGCUAAAAAUAAAUCAAUCCCAGGAACUUGUGAGCGGGGUGCUGUGUAGCUUGCAAGUCGGUUUUAGGCACCAAAUUCCACAGAAUUUCUGCUUUAAUUAUUUUAAAAAUACAUUGUAAACUUCAAGUGAGAGAUGAGUAAGUCUCCCCAAAGAGGCCUGCCAAUUCAGAAGAUUCCAUCGUUGCUAGUAUGUCUAGUGCUGUCACCUCUCCAGAUCUAAGUUGGUUCCAAUAUUGUACAAAUGGGGUUCAUUUUUUGUUUUGGAAAUGUGCUUGUUGAUCGAGUCUUUCCACGCCACAAAUGUUGGAGCUUGUAGGCCUGCUCAGAAGCAUAAUGUCCCUUUCCUCCUAGACCUUGUAAAAGCAAAAUUAUAGCCGUUUCUGGUGGCUUUUCCCCUUCCCCUCUCAAGCUGUUUCUUACCCCAUUCCUGAAAAGGUGGGAAGACCUCAUUCAUACUCUGAACCCUGUGGCAUGCAUAGGAGCUUCAGUGGAGAGGCAAGGCAUUCUAUUGUUUGUUUGUUUGUUUGUUUGUUUGUUUAUUACAUUUAUAGCCUACAUUUUGUUCAGUCAGCUCAAGGCGGCGUACAUAGUUCUCCUCCCACCCACCCCCAAUUUAUCCUCAAAACGCUAUGAGGUAGGUUAGGUUGAGAGUGAGUGACUGGCCUGAGAUCACCCAGUGAGCUUCAUGGCUGAGUGGUGAUUCGAACCCUCGUCUCUCCAGUCCUAGACUUACACUCUAACCACUAUAUCACACUUGCUCUCUUAAUUUGUGCAGUCGGAGAGAGUCCUGUUUCUGACUGUUUCUCUACAAAGUAGAGAGAAUCCCACGCUUUUCUUUCAGAACUCUGUGGAAGAGGGUGACCAUGCUAGACAGGGUGGGGAAAUUAUCCUAGUUGAUGGGUAUGUGGAGCUCUGUGACUUAAAAACAUGAGCAACUCUGCCUCUCUCAUGUUACAUUUUAGAUACAUACCCAAAAGCUGUGUGUGAGAAAGAGGUGUUGGUAAUUUUGUCAAAUGAACAGGCACAUUAAUGAGAGAAGAUUAGCUGAGGUUUGCUCAGUGGCAAACAUGGGGUUCUUGCUCUGGAAUGGUGUGAAACAGCCUGCAUGCUUGGGUGUGUGAGUGAUGCUUGACGAAGUGACUGAAACCAGAGUGGACACUGAAUGAGAUUUCUAGUAGUUGACAGGGGAGUGCUGUACUUUGGGUUUAUUGUGAAGGGAAGGAGUCUGACCUCACAGGGCUUGCACUUUCUCCCAUUUCCGGCACAACCACAAAUAGGAAUUUUGAAGCUUCUGUUUUCAAUUCAGUGCAGCCAGUCAUGUUGCCUGAACUUGGCAAACUAUUAUUAAUUAUGGUUUGUUUGAAACAAACCAGCUUUAAACUCUGGUUUGUGCCAGCAAGUCAUGGUUAUGAUUAGCCACAGUUUAGGCAUUGAAUACAAUGCUAAACUGUUUAACUGAAACCAGAAGUGAAAGUUUCUGAACUUCUGCUUUGAUGCCAGGAGGAAUGAAAUGUCAUUCUUAACAAAAUAUGACAUCUGGAUGCAGCCAAGGCCUUGCAGAGCGUUGCUCAAAGUCUCACAAGUGUAAAACUAGUUAAGUGAAACAAGCAAAGAGGUGCAAACUUGCUUGAUUUCAAUAAAUUCUACAGGUGGCAAAAUUCUGCUCUUUUGACCUUGUCAAGUGUAACCCACUGCUUGUUUGAGGCUUUACUGAGAAUUUAACAUUUCUGCUUUUGGGGUUUUGUGCCUAUUUAGUAUCCAGUCUGAAGUGUCCUUUGAAGGUGCUUAUGGGAAUCUCAAACGCCUGUAUGAUAAGGCGGCCAAAAUGUAUCACCAGCUGAAGAAAUGUGAAACCAGGAAACUGUCACCCAGCAAAAAGAGGUAAGGACGUAAUGUGGUUCAGUCCUGCGGUGAGCAAAUCUCAAAAUCUGUCCAGUGCUCUGGUAGACAUGUCCAGAGGUAGAGUGUUAUCCAGCCUCUGUGAACAUUACCUAAUUCCAUAGAGAAACACCUGUGACUGAUCCCAGUGGGAUGACAUGCCAAUGAGCACAUGAGAGAUGGAAAACUGUGGCUUUGUGCAAUUGAGGCUUAUUCAGCAUUAGGACUCUCACUCCUUGUCUUUCCUGACUGCUCUUCAGUUGAGGCUCCAGUGCACUUUGGUGAGUGAAGUGGUCCUUUGCCAAAGUUGCUGCUGUUUGGAUUCUCCUCCCUCCUAUUCCAAAUUGGAGAAGGUGCCUGUCACAUACUAAUAUUGGCUGUGCCUGAAAUUUCCUUUGCCUUUGUGAUGCUGGCUGCAUAGCUAUAGGACUUCCUCAGAGUCUUAAGGAGCAUUAUAUUACAAGGGGUGAAAAUGACUAAAUGACGAGAAAGAGAAGGAACAGUCCAGAUUCUGUGCCAAGCAAAGUGAACUCUGCAAUCUGUAGAAAAUAAGUAGAUUGAGUAGAUUUGCCACAGUUCCCCAUUUUGCACAAAUGCCUUCUCCUUUGCUGAACUUACUUUGUUUCUAAUAGUCUUGGGGGUGGAGCUAGAGCUGUUGGGCACUAAGGCCUUAUCUGAAACCACAGAAAAAUCUUCCUUGACUACCUCCUUGGGAUAAUUGUGCCCUUCCUCCUCUCUUUCCCUCUGCCAACUCCCCCCCCCGCAGGUGCAAAGACAUUAAGAGGUUACUGGUGAGUUUCAUGUACUUGCAGAGCCUCCUUCAGCCAAAGAGCAGGUGAGUCUUCUGCGUCUUUAUUCUUGCUGUGCUGUUUUGUUAACUCCUGGUAGAUUAUGUAGCUGAAGCAAAGCACUUUUACAUUGGGAUAAUAUACUGGUCCAAUGAAAUAACUUCCCAUGAGGGGAAGGAGAAUUCCUUGUUCCAACACUCUUCUGCAUUUUUGUCAUGGAUUGACAGCAUUGCCUUUUCACCGGUUGAGAGUCUCCCACCACUAGGGAGGAUGCAUCACCCUUGGCCCUUGAGAAGGGCCAUAGCUCAGCAGUAGAGCAUUUGAUUUGCAUGCCAAAGGUCCUGGGUUGAAUCCCAAGUAGGGUUGGAAAAGGCUUUCUGCCUGAAACCCUGGAGAGCCACUGCUGGUCAGUGUGGACAAUACUGAUCUAGAUUGACCAAUGGUCCAACUUCAUAUAAGGCAGCUUCUUAAGUUCCUAAUUUGUCGGGUGAGUCUAAAGCACCUUGGGGAGAAUGUGCCCUCAGAUCAAGUAUCGGGGUUGCCUGGUUCUUAGUUACCCACUCGUUGGUUCAGCCUCUGCAGAUGAGGACUCUAAGAUAGCUCAUGAAGGGGGUUGUAUAACCACUGUGGUUGCCUAGGGUUUGGAGAGGCUUGACCUGUUUCAACUGCUUGCACCUCCUGUUUGCUGUGGGACAAUCCUCUGUGGCUCAUCUCUCCUUGUCACCCACCUCUCAGUUCUGCAGACUCUGAGCUGACAUCUCUCUGCCAGUCGGUACUGGAGGAUUUCAACCUCUGCCUCUUCUACUUGCCCUCUUCGCCCAACACGAGCUCUGCCAACGACGACGAAGAGGAGUGCGAGAAUGGCUACUCCUUCCUGCCAGACCUCCUCAUCUUCCGGAUGGUCAUUGUCUGUCUGAUGAGCGUCCACAGCCUCAAGAGGGCAGGUGAGCAGCAUGGCUGUGUGUGGUGUGUCCUCCUCUUGCAGACUUGGUGUGCAAGUUUUAAGCUGCCCUGUCGGCCUCUCCUUAUAAUAUGAUUGGUUGAACUGAGCUAGCAUCUCUCAAACUCUUCCUGUUUCCAGAACAGCAGCAAAGAUGAGGUGGUUCAGCAUCAACUUCAUAAAACACAGUCAUUGACUGCUGGGCUCAGGUGCUCACAGAGUAAAUCUGGGAUCGAAGCAUUUUCAUUUCGUUUCAUUUCUCUUAGAAUCAUAGAGUUCAUAGACUCAAAGAGUCUGGAUAUUUAGCAUAUCAUCAUUAGCAUUAGCAUUUAUUAAAUUUGUUAGUUGCUUUUUUGCCAUGGCAAUUUGAAGCAACCUGCAAAAGAAACCCACAUACUUUAAAACUAGGAUGGGAUAAUAUAUUAAAACAUCCCACUCACUCUAAAAGGCCAUAGAUAGUUCAAAGCCAAAGGCCUGGUUUAAAAGGAGUGUUUUUGCCUGGCGACUGAAGCCUAUGUAAUGAUGACACCAAGUGAGCCUUCCCAGGGAGAGCAUUUCACAAACAGGGAGCCAACACUGAAAAGGCCUGAUCUCAAGUUCCCACCCUCUGGACCCUCCUGUCAGAGGGGGCACAUGAUAUAUGCAAGUGGCUGAAUGGAGUUCUUAGUUUUGUUGCAGAAAAUGUAGUUUUUAUGUAGUUUUAUGUAGUUUUUCAAUUUCAUUGUUCUGCAUGGGACAAUGACAAUAAGGAUAUCGUAUAAAGGAUUUUUAAAUCUCUGAAUAACAGUGAGUUGACAAGUGAGUUGACAAGAAUUUUAACUUUGAUCACAUAAAGAAGCCCAAAGGCAUUUGGGUGUCUGCAGUUGAAUAAAAGUAAACGCAUAAUUAUGGAGUUUGCUCCCCCAUGGAUGUUGCAGGCACAGAUGCCAGCUCCCCUUGACGCUGAUGCUUCCUCAUCUCUCUCCUUACAGGCUCCAAGCAGUAUAGUGCAGCCAUUGCAUUCACACUGGCCCUCUUUUCGCACCUCAUCAACCACGUCAAUAUUCGCCUGCAAGCAGAGCUGGAAGAAGGCGAGAAUCCAGUUCCAGCCUUCCGGAAUGAUGGCACAGGUGAGGGCUGCAAGAAGGGUGAAGUUUGCCCAUUCUAAGAUCCUUGCCUUCCAUCUUCCACGUUGCGUUCUGCUCUUGUGACGAGGCAGGCAGUGGUGAAAAUAAUCUGGUUAACAGUUAUUUACUUUUCCUAGGGGAUCCUGGAAAGUUCUUUGGGGACAGUCUGUAAGAACUUGAAAAUAGCCCUGCUGAAUCAGACCAAAGGCCUGUCUGGCUCAGCACCUUGUUUACAGAGUGGCCAGCCAAAUACCUAUAGGAAGCAGGGAAAUAGGACCCAACCCCAACGGAAGAUAGUAAUCGAAGCCAGUGAUAGCCUUCUUCAUGCAUUUGUCCAAACCCCUUUUAAAGCCAUCCAAGUUGGGGGUCAUCACUUGAUGUUUUGGGAGUGAAACCUUAGUUUAACUUACGUUCUUUGUGCAGAAGUCUUUCCUCUUGCCUGUCAUGAAUCUCCCACCAUUCAGCUUCACUGGAUGAAGAUAAUAACACAAUACUGUGGUACCUUGGUUGUCAAACUUUAUCCAUUCUGGGAAUCUGUUCGACUUCCAGAACCGUUCAAAAACCAAGGCACAGCUUCCAGUUGGCUGCAGGAGCUUCCUGCACUCAAUCGGAAGCCGUGUCAGAUGUUCGUUUUGCGGAAAAUGUUUGUAAACCAGAGCACUCACUUCCGAGUUUGCAGCGUUCGGGAGCCGAUUUGUUUGGGAGCCAAUCCGUUUGACAACCAAGGUACCACUGUAAAACUAUAAACAGCAAGAAUGACUUCCACAGUUAUUCAAAAUUCAGUUAAAACUAUUUAGUUUAAUUAAUUCAACAAAAUGCAUGAACUUUAUCCAGUGAGACCAGCUUUCCAAAAAUCUGACACAGUUAUUUACAUCUCCAGCACCCCCUUCCAUCUCUUGCCCCUUUGCCCCCUCCUCCCAGGUAAUCCCACCGCCCCCCAGGAGUGUCAACUUCGGGAACCACUGGUAUAAACAGUAGUCAAGCCGGUUUGCGUAUCUUAAGAGUUUCCAAAAAUGUGUGUUCGGCUGCUCUUUUGCAGAGGAUCUGGAGGCCCGGGAGUCCUUGAACUCCAUUGAGAGAGAAGCCGAAGGGGACCUGGCCAACCACCGACCCAGCGAGAAGCAGCGGAAGAGCGAGAGCAAGAAGGGCAAGAAAUACUCACGCCUCUCCUGCCUGCGCCGCCGCCGCCACGUCCAGAAGGUGGACGAGAGCGACCUGAGCGAGGGCUUCGACUCCGACUCCAGCCCAGAUUCCACCAAAGGGAGUGAUGGCUCAGAGAGCGGCUCAGAGAAGAGCGACGAGGAGGCCGAGGCGGCUUUUGACGUGGAGACCGACUCGGACAUGAACAGCCAGGAGUCACGCUCGGACCUGGAAGACAUGGAGGACGAGCCAGACGCCGAGGGGGGCAGCCAAGCUAAGGGCAUGAAGAACGGCACUCCGGAGGCAUUGGACUCUGCGGAAGGGGAUGUUGGCAGGCUGGUGGACUUGAAAAGCCCUGGCGUUGCCAAGACUGAGCCCCUGCUGGAGCCUCCUGUGGCCAACGGGCCAGGCUUGCUGGGCGCCAGUGAUGCCAGUAUAGCCAGCAACCUCCAGGCCAUGUCCACGCAGCUCUUCCAGACCAAGCGCUGCUUCCGGCUGGCCCCCACUUUCAGCAACGUCCUCCUCAAACCAAACUGUGAGCUGCCUGCCCCGAAGGAGGUGGCAGACAGCAAGCCAUGUGUCAAUGGGGACGUGGAGAAGUCCAAAAUGACUGAGCAAGGUGAGAGAGAGAGAGAGAGAGAGAGAGAGAGAGAGAGAGCCUGCACGCUAGAUUGGAAAGGAGAUCCCUUCCAUGAAUGGAGAAAAGGGUGUGUGAAUAGAAGUGGGGUGGAAAGACCUUAGGAUUUUGUAGAGGGUGAUUUGUGGGCGAGAUCUGGCUGACACAGAUCCCGGUUGCCAACCUAGAGGUGUAAGUGGGGAAGGGGGCAAGAUGAGAACUCCUUUGACAUUUCCAAAGCUAGCAUUAGCAUUAGCUACGUGCCCCCAAAAUAUUGCUGUCUUAAAGUGGGGUGACAAACCUGUCUUCUAACCUUUGACAUUAUGUCCCCAUCUGCACUAUACAGUCAAAGCAGCAGCAUAUCACAGUCGUGGCUUAUUCCUCCUAAGAAUCCCAGAAGUGUAAUAUGUUAAGGGUGGUAAGAGUUAAUUGGAGGUCCCUUUUCCUCCCCACAGAGCUGCAAUUCCCAGAGUUCCUUGAGAAAAGGGAUUGAUUGUUAAACCGCUCUGGGACUUGUAACUUUGUGAAGGGAAUAGGGGUCUCCUAACAACUCUCAGCACGUUCAACAAACCUCAUUUCCCAAGAUUCUUUGGGGGAAGGCAUGACUCUUUAAAGUGGUAUGGUGCUGCUUUAAAUUUAUACUGCAGAUGGGGGCAGAAGCGUGGCAGAAAGGAAGUUGAGGCAGGGUGGUGUACUAAAUUGUGCACUAAAUCUCCUCCUCCACCAUCCCUGCUCGUAGGGAGUGAUUUUCUUUUCUGUGAAGGUGCCAGCUACUGCUUUUCAUCACCUCUAGAUUAAAACUUGAUAAAACCUCUUGAUUCCCAGGGGCCAAAUAAAAAGCACUUGGCAGGAUAGGUGGGUGUCUCUCCUCUGGAGGGCAAUUGCAUUUUCCAAUCUGCACUCCUUGUUUAAUUAUCUAAGUUCCUUGUUUUUAACGAUCCGUUUGUCUUGUCCAAGACGAUGUUUCUGAGUCAGAAGAGAGCGUCUCUAGCAGUAAAUCCUGCAGGAACGAGCGUUCUCUCCAGGAGAAGCUGGAGGUCAUCACCAACGAGGGGUUGCUGCCGACUGUCAAAGUAUUUCUGGACUGGCUGAGAACCAACACUGAUCUCAUCAUCAUGUGUGCACAGGUAGGGAGGGGUAAUGGGGGAGAAUCCCACUUCCACGACUUCUUCAGCUUACACCUCUGGGCUGUUGAAUGAGCCUCUAUCUCAUGCACUCAACCACUGCAGUUGGCAGCCUGUAUAAAGCAGUUUGCCAUUAACUGCUAAAAGUAGAAGUACUGUAGCUGAUAAAAGCAGUGGGUCCCAAAGUGGGUGGUACUAGCCUUGGUGGGGCAGUGGGAUUACUAGGGGCGUGGGGUGUGUGCGCAUGCGCACUAAGAGGCAAAGGGGCGCUGGAGGUGUAAAUGACCCACAGUUCUGAUAUUUAUCAGAUAAAUCGUAGGGAAAAGGAUGGGAUUUCAAGUAGACCUCAAACUAAUGUGAGGGUGACAGACCCAUGCCUUCAAAUACACACUUCAUGUAAUCCUUGUGAUUUAAAGUAGCAAGGGAAGCUGUGAACCCUUCCCUCCCAGGUAAUUUUCUCCCAGCUGAGCUCUAUUCCACAGUCAAAGCCAAGCUGGGGAAGAAAGGGACUGUGGGUGGGAGAGGUUGAGUGUUUCAGUGCCCUAUUCUUGCCCCCUUGCUACCUUAAAUCUACACACACACACACACACACACACACACACACACACACACCCUCUUGCACUUUAUUUCGAGGGCAAACCUUCAUGGGCCCCCUGCCCUCAGCUGUGGUAAAAUGGGCAUCCCAUUUUAUCCUUGCGCUGACUUUGUGUGGUAGGUUAGGCUGGGAGGUGGUAGCAGCUGGCCAGUCUGAGCAAGUGCUUGAACCUGGAUCUCUGGCCCAAGUCCUAAUAUUCACCACAUGCUCAAUUUGCAUUUGUUUGUGGUGCUUUUUCCCUCCUCCAGAGUUCUCAGAGUUUAUGGAACAGACUUUCUGUCCUUCUGAACCUGCUUCCUUCAGCUGGAGACCUUCAGGACUCAGGUAACUUUGAGAAGAAAUUUCCUUUUCUUAUGUCCCCCACCCCACCCCCAACACUCAAACUUCAUAUUCCUGUGCAGUUCAGGCACUCUUUAGUUUCCUGGGUCUUUUUCCUGCUUUACACCUAGUUUUUCUGCUGUUUUUAGAUGGGGAAAAGUCUAGUCACACACAGCGACUUCUUUGAACCUGGAACCUUCAGUUUGCAGUCUCCACCAUCUCUUGGUGAACCAGGGAAUGUCCCUUGCUGGAAACCUUUGGAGACCUACUGUCCCAAUCUGCAUAGACAAUACCUGAGCUUGGUAGACUUCUUACGUUCUUCUGGAAUUCCAUUGCUUAGUUCCAGAAGAACAUGAGAAGUCUACCAAGCUCAUAUGCUAUGCAGUGGAGUAAGCACAAAGCCCCUUUCUGUGGGAGCAGCUUCCCCCAGUUCCACCUUCAAGGCCACACUUGCUUACCUGAUAGUGGCUUGUCUGGAUUCAGAGAGGGAAGCUUCUGCUGAGGUCUUCUGUAUGCCUCAUGAAAAGAAUCAGAAUUGUAGAGUUGGAAGGGAUCUCAAGGGAUAUCUAACCCAACGUCCUUCAAUGCACAAAUAACAGGUGCAGAGUCCCUGGCAGAUGUCCCCAUCCCCAACCUCUGUUCAAAAACCUUCAAUGAUGGAGAGUCCACCAGCUUCCAAGGUUGCCCGUUCCACCGUUGAAAUAGCGCUUACUGUCAGAGCUGGUCAUGAUAUGGAAAUGUAAUGAGCCACUUUACACAGAGUCAAGUUACUCAUCUAGCCUAGUGCUGUCUACCUUCAUCUGGCAACAGCCUCUGUGUGUGUGCUUGUUUCCCAUCCCUACCUGGGGGAGAUGCUGGGGGUCGAUCUGGGGAACCUUCUACACGCAGAGCAAUUGGUCUUCCACUGAGCUGCAACCUGGUUCUUCCAAGGAGACACAAGCAUCCCAAGCCAGGAGCAUCUUCCCCCUUUGGGCUUCCUGCGGGGCCGACUUCUGUGUGUGGCAGAGUCAGAGCUGGCACCACGAGGAGUUGUGGAAGUCCCAGUUUUAGACUAGAUGUGCCCUAGAGGACUAGCGUUUCGUGUGACUUUCUAGUUGCUCCUUCUGCCUCUGUGACCCAGAAAUAUAAAGCUGCCAUUCUGUCCCCUCCCCUCCCCACUGCUGAUGCGCAGGGCUGUUCCUCUGCAACGAGGUGAAGAGCAUGCUGCCUGGGUGUGAGCUGCCAGACUUGCCUGCCUGCCUGCUGCUCCCAGAGGACAUGGCCCUCCGCAACCUUCCCCCGCUGAAGAACGCGCACAAGAGGUUCAACUUCGAGCAGGACAGGCCUCUCCUUGCAGAAGUGGAGGAGGUAAGAGGCUGGUUUUGGUGCUUGUUUUCAGAAGUCAUGGGAGGCUUCUGGACUGGGGGGGGGGGUGAGCAAGGAGCGUGAGGGCAAGUGGAACCUUUGCUCCAGGACUUCGGGGGUGGGGAACCUCUAGCUUGCAGGCCAGUCCUGUCCCACCAAAGGAGCCCAGUUUGGUGUGUGAGGCUAUUUUCCCAAACCACGCCCACCUGUCAGUCAGCUGGUGUCGCUGGGUGGGGUUUGAUCCUUCUGGCCUAGGAGCUCUUUGCAGGGAGCAGGGCUCAACAUUCCCUUUGAUCCUUUGCAGCGAGAGGUCAGCCAGCUUGGCCCAUCCUUUGCCCUCCCAAGUCCCAGCUGUUCCUGUAGCCAUUCAGGUGUUCAGGAGGGGAGCUUUUACUUUGCUUUAGUGUGUGUGAGCUCCCAUCUUGGCCUCAAGUGGACGCGCUCCCUGCUCUCCUCACCCACCGGGUCCUCCUCUUUCUUCAUUACAGUCCGUGGUUCGCAUCUGUUGCAUCCGGAGUUUCGGACACUUCAUCACCCACCUGCAAGGCAGCAUCCUGCAGUUCAACCCGGAGGUUGGGAUCUUCAUCAGCAUCGCUCAGUCGGAGCAGGACGGUUUGCUCCAGCAGGCCCAGGCCCAGUUCCGCAUGGUGAGCUUUUGCAGGGUGGGCUGGGGGGGGGGGAAUAGUGGGACAGAACAAACAUGCUCCAGUGAAGAGCAAGGCUUGAUAGCCAUACAGGGGCCUCCUUUUGCAUUCCCUGUCUUGUCACAUGCCUGUGCAUUGCACAACUCUUCUCUUCCAUAUGUGAGUUUAUGCCACCGGUGAAGCCUGAGAAAAUAUCAGAAAAUGCAUGGGAAGCAUCUGAUGGAAGUUUCAGGGGUGAUGUGGAAGUGAAUAGCUGAGAAAAGACUUGUAGUAGCCCAGUUUCUAGUCCUCCACUUAGCACUUUCUUUGCCCAUAAAAAAAAAAAUGCCUAGGGAAAGUGUAAAAAUACUUUACAGUGUUAUUUCUGUGGCUGUCAGCAAAAAAGAGGGGCCCUUUAGAAUGUUUGCAGUCUACAUUUCAACUAGGGGAUGGGGAGAGUAUUCAGAGCAUGCAAUUUUAUACUGUUUAUAUUGCAUUGCAUAUUUAGGCUUUUGUGACCUUACAGUAGAUUUAUUUCUUAUAUUUAUAUGCCACCACCUCCUCCAAGGAGCUCAAGGGGCUGUACAUGGUUCUCCCCCUGCUCCCCAUUUUAUCCUCAAAACAAUCCCUGUGAGGUAGGGUAGGCUGAGAGGCAGUGACUGAGACCUCUCAGUGAGCUCCAUGGCCGAGUGGGAAUCUGAACCCAGGUCAUAAUUCCAACACCCUCUAACCAUCUCACCACCCAUGGAUAGUGAAAGGAAGUGGAGGAGCCAUUCCAGAGUUGUGGAAUGGGACCAUAGGUGCAAGGGCAGUUUGACAUGCAUCAUUCCCUUUGCUCUCCCUUAGGCCGCUGAGGAAGCUCGCCGGAACAGGCUCAUGAGAGACAUGGCUCAGCUUCGGCUGCAGGUACGAUGAUGGACUGUGCAUGGAUGGGGGAGGCAAGCGCAAGUCAGUGGAGGCCUCCAAAUACCUGGGGUUGGGGGGGGAGGCCGUAUCGCUUGUGCUUCCACCUGACAUAGCUUGCAAUGCACUUGACUGAAUGAGGACAAUGCCAACAGGUAAGGUUGCCAUCCUGCGCUGUAAACUGGUCAGGCCUGUCAGCUCUGUUGGUCAGAACCUGGGGUACCAAUAACAGCGAGUCUUCAUGAUUGGUGGAACUGGUUCAUAAUGCCCAUUACCCGUUUGUAAGAACUCAGUGUUGCAGUGUGGCCUCACCCACACUUGGGAACUCCCUGCCUAUUGACAUCAGGCAAGCUCUUUCCCUGUACUCUCUUUUGCACCGGCUAAAAGCCAAGCAUACCAAGUGGUUUAGAAAGAUGAUGUGAGUUUUAAUCUGCUUUUUAGUCUAUUUUAACUUUUCAAAAGUAUUUAAACUAUUGUUAAUUUUUCCUAUUGAUAAUUUUGUUGUUUUAUCUUUUUGGUAAACUGCUCUGAAGGGUUUUUUUUAAAAAAAAAAAAAACAGUGGAUAAAUUAUAUGAAAUAACUAAAAUAUACAAUGACCUACACGACCAUGCAGGGAGAGGAAAGGCCAGAGCAUAUGCUUUAUACGCAUCGUUCAGUCCCUGAUUUCUCCUGUUAAAAGAUUAUCUUGAACAGUUCAUGUUGAGAAAGAUUUCCUGCCUGAGACUCUGGAUUCUUGCUGAAGCCAGUUCUGUAAAAUCUUGCCACAAACUGAGUCAAGCCAUACAAAUCCCGGUAUAGUCUUGUCCUUUUCAGUGUCUUUAGCAGAGAAGAGUCUUUUUCCGAGCUUCGCUACCUGGAGUUGUGUAGGGUUGAACCUGCACCCUGCUACAUAAAACUUUUUGUACUCUGCUGGAUGGGCUGGUCAUCUGACAACACAGGGUGGGCCACUGAGAACACUCCUUAACGGAUUUGGUGCUCUUGCUGAGAGCUUCUUCCCUUAAGGCUCCUGCUUCCUUCUCUCUUUCCCCAGCUGGAGGUGUCGCAGCUGGAAGGGAGCCUCCAGCAGCCCAAAGCACAGUGUGUGAUGUCCCCCUACCUGGUCCCUGACACGCAGGCUCUCUGCCAGCACCUCUGCACCAUCAGGCAGCUGGCUGCCAGUGGAAGGUUUAUUGUGAUCAUCCCACGGACAGGUAAGUGGCCCCUCCCACCACAGGGCUGGUAUCCUGAGCAGGACAAUUGCUGUUGCCAGGUAGUGAAAGGGUUGAUUGCCCUGGGGGUGUGUGAGCAAGCUGUGAGAUUACCUGGGGGGGUGUGCUAAGAGGCAGGUGGGCAGCUGUAUCACCAGUGCGGGUUCAUCUACUUUGUUGACAGUUAAACUACGGUGGUGCCUCGCAAGACGAAAUUAAUUCGUUCCGCCAGUUUUGUCGUCUUGCGAUUUUUUUCGUCUUGCGAAGCACGGUGUCGGGAAAGUUUUGGAAAAGCUUCAAAAAUCACCAAAGUCUUUAAAAACCUCAAAAAAGGCUACCACAUGAGUUGUUCUAUGAGUUGCUCCUCGAAGUCAAGUCGCAACUGUAUUAACGGUGUUAAGAAAAAGGAAACAAACUUGCAAGACGUUUCCGUCUUGCGAAGCAAGCCCAUAGGGAAAAUCGUCUUGCGAAGCAGCUCAAAAAACAAAAAACCCUUUCGUCUAGCGAGUUUUUUGUCUUGCAAGGCAUUCGUCUUGCGAGGUACCACUGUAACCAGUUUUAAUUGGAGCUUUAAUAAAUGUGUGGUCGUUAACUAUUUACUGUGUGUUCUGAACAAUGCUUUUUAUAGGGUAGUGGGCACUGGGGAUGAGCUUGUGGAACCAAGAAGGCAGUGACCAGAAAAGUUGGGAACCGCUGCCUUAAGGGCAGCAGAAGAUGUAACCACCUUGUUUUUUUCUUCGAUCCUUAGUAAUUGAUGGCCUAGACUUCCUGAAGAAAGAGAAUGCGGGAGCUCGUGACAGCAUCCGAUAUCUAGAGGCAGAAUUUAAAAAGGGAAACAGGUAGGUUGAGCCCCCUGGUCAACAGUAUUCAUUUCCAUUGUACAUUGGAACAGGUAAUAAAGAACCGUGUUUAAGAAGCAGCCUCUCUUGGGAUGGCUCAUUAGGUUGUAUUUUACAGAUACACCCUGAUCAGGCUGCAGUUCUCAUACGUAAAACAGCUGUUUGGGUCCUGCCCUUGAAUGUUUGCAAUAAAAAAUUGAACAUUGCAGCUCCAUCCCUUUCCCAGUCUAGGUGUACAGGCAUUUGAUGUUUUUAAUAAUAAUAAAUAUUUACAGUAGUACCUUGGUUUGCAAACAGUCUGGUUUGCAUAUGUUUUGGAUUACAAACAUGUCAAACCUGGAAGUGUGUGUCCUGGUUUGCAAAUUUUUUUGGGAGGCCCCAUUGACGAAAGUGUGGCUUGCGUUACAACCUUUUUUGGUUUACAAACAGGCCUCCAGAACAGAUUAUGGUUGUAAACCAAGGUACCACUGUAUUUUGUUUCUUUUGAUUUCUGCUCCACCUUUUAGGUCAAGUCUUUAUAAGUCAGCUUACCAUCAAACUUAAAUGCAGUACAACAGUGGAAAAAACACCAUGCAGUAAAAAGCAGCUUCUGAUAAAAUUGCAGUAGAGGGACCUGCAGGAGAACCAGCACAGUAUAUUGUAGGGUCUCAAGCAAGGGGUUUGAGCAGAGUUCUCCAAGGAGGGAUCCCACAACUGCCAGGUGGAGCCUUUUAACUUUGAUGAAGCUUUUGGGAAGAGCUGGGUUCAGAUUCUCUCUCGGCUUGAUCUUGGUCACUGAGCAAAUCUUCCUUUAACAACUGGCAUCCCUCACCUGCCAACCAUGGACACUGCUUAGCAGGGUUAUUGGGAUAAAUAUGCAUAAAUGUACUGCAAAUUACUUUGCAAUUUCAGCUGUGCUGCAGAAGUAGCCUGAUCAGCAUUGCACUCAUGCACACAUCCGCCCAAUGUGUGAUCUUCUGUCUCUAGGUACAUCCGCUGCCAGAAAGAAGUUGGGAAAAGCUUUGAGAGGCAUAAACUGAAGAGGCAAGAUCUAGAUGCUUGGUAAGCAUUUGCUUCAACCUGCAUCAAAUUUUAAGCAAAGCUGCAUUCACAAGCAGAGAGCUGUUUUUACUAAGCCAAAUGGUGGCACUGUUUUCUCUCUUUUGCCUCAAUACUAAUAUAACAGGAACCUCUAUAAGAUACUGGAUAGCUGCAAACAGCUGACAACCUCUCAAGGGGGCAGCGAAGAUGACUCCAGUGGGAUGGUGACCAUCCUCACAGGCUUCCAGCUGGAUGACCCAAGCAAGCUUUCUGCGCCCAUGAAGGUGAGUGUGGUCUGAAACCAAACUGUUCCGGCUUCGUGAUGAUAUUUUGACUUGGGGUAUGGAAUACUUUUUUAAAAAGCAGUGUUGUCUAUUGAAAUAGAGAGAGAGUACCACUCACAAAAACAAAAUUUAUACCUGCAGAACCCAUUGCCACACGAUGAGUGCAAGAUAGUGGUUGAAAGUAAGUGGGGACAUGGUGGGAUAGGCAAAAAUAGUAAUGCAAGUGAGCAAUUUCACCACCAUGCUCUGCCUGUGAUUUUCCCAGGAUUCAGCUGCCCAGAUACUGUUGGAAGACAGAAUUCAGGGCUAGAAAGGCCUGAGAUUCAGGGUGGUGAGAAUGGUUACAUCCACGGGUAGCUAAGAGUUACUGGGCAAGAUGCAAAGAGCAUUACCUCCCCUCCAGGGCCUUGCUGCAUUUGGAUCCCAACUCCCUUGUUCUUUCCCCAGUCUGCGAUCCAGGCGGCAGCCAACGCCAGCGUCGAGAUAAAGAACGUUCUGGAAUUCUACAAGCAGUGGAAGGAAAUGGGUUGA